UUUUGGGGUGUUCACUGGCUUUUCCAGGGUCUGAAUUUCAGCGGAGCUGACCUUUCCCGCCUGGAUCUUCGCUACAUCAACUUCAAGAUGGCCAAUCUGAGCCGCUGCAACCUGGCCCACGCCAACCUGUGCUGUGCCAACCUGGAGAGAGCUGACCUCUCUGGAUCCGUGCUGGAUUGUGCAAACCUGCAGGGGGUGAAGAUGUUGUGUUCCAACGCAGAAGGAGCAUCCCUGAAAGGCUGCAACUUUGAAGAUCCCUCAGGCAUUAAAGCUAAUUUGGAAGGUGCCAACCUGAAGGGUGUGGACAUGGAGGGCAGUCAGAUGACAGGGAUUAACCUCCGAGUGGCCACGCUGAAAAACGCCAAACUAAAGAACUGCAACCUCAGAGGAGCCACGCUGGCAGGGACUGACUUGGAGGUGAGUUAGCAUUCAUUUCCUGUACAUAUUUUAU